AUGACUAUCGGACACCUCCCCCAAGAGGAUCUCGAUGCGAUAUACGCCUUCGCCGUGGACCUCGGCCGCAAAGCCGGCAAGCUGCUCAUGGACCGCGUCGAGCAGCGCAUCUCCGGCGCGGCGGUUCAGGACUUCGAGGAGAAGGAGAAUGCGGUUGAUAUCGUGACGCAGACGGAUGAAGGUCUUCCUCCAGAUGUGGAAGUAUUUAUUCGCAAUGCGAUUCAGAGACAGUACCCGUCCCACCAAUUCCUCGGCGAAGAAACCUACGCCAAGGGCCAGUCGCGCAACUACCUGAUUGACGAGCGGCCGACAUGGUGCAUCGAUCCAUUAGACGGAACCGUAAACUACACUCACCUCUUCCCGAUGUUCUGCAUCUCAAUCGGGUUCAUCGUAUCCCACCGCCCUGUGCUAGGGGUAAUCUACGCCCCCUUCCAAGACCAGCUCUUCUCAGCCUGUAGCGGUCGCGGUGCCUGGCUUAACGAGUUACGCCGGCUCCCGCUGAUCCAGAGCCCAUCAAUCCCGCCCAUGCCGCCCAAUGCGCCCGCGCAGUGUAUCCUGUCUUGUGAGUGGGGCAAGGAUCGGCGCGAUAUCCCCGACGGGAAUAUGCAUCGCAAGAUCGAGAGCUUUGUUAAUCUUGCCGCGGAGUUGGGCGGUCGGGGUGGGAAAGGAGGCAUGGUGCAUGGGGUCAGGAGUUUGGGGAGCGCUACUUUGGAUUUGGCAUAUACGGCUAUGGGGGCUUUUGAUAUUUGGUGGGAGGGAGGUUGUUGGGAGUGGGAUGUUGCGGCUGGCAUUGCCAUUCUGCUUGAAGCCGGCGGGCUAGUGACGACUGCAAAUCCGCCGGAGGAUGUGGAGACGGCGCCGAUUGAGGAUGUGAGACUGGGGAGUCGGCUGUAUCUGGCUAUUCGACCGGCUGGCCCUUCGGCUACUGAAACAGGCCGCCAGUCGCAGGAGCGGACAGUCCGACAAGUCUGGCGGCGGGUUCGCCAACUCGAAUACUCGCGGCCGGGAGCAUAG